GUGGGUCAGGGUCGGGCAGCUGCCGGUCCCGGAGCCCAGGGCUGCGAUUCUGCCUGCUGGAGCUUCGCAGAAACCUCUGUCGUGUUCCCCUUGGGACGGAUCGGGGCAGGGGCGCGCCCGGUGACCGCUCUGAGGGGAGGGAGCUCGCCCCAGUGUGACUGGGUAACGCCAGGAGAUGUCGACCCCCCCUCUGGCUGGGGCGGGGAUGCCACCGGGAGCUUUCUCUGGGACGCAGGCUCAGGCUGCCAGGGAGGUGAACACGGCUUCCCUCUGCCGCAUCGGCCAGGAGACCGUGCAGGACAUUGUCUUUCGAACCAUGGAAAUCUUCCAGUUACUGAGGAAUAUGCAGUUACCAAAUGGUGUUACUUAUCAUACUGCAACAUAUCAAGACAGACUGGCAAAGCUGCAGGAACAUCUCCGUCAGUUAUCAAUACUCUUCAGAAAACUGAGAUUAGUCUAUGACAAAUGCAAUGAAAACUGUGCUGGGCUCGAUCCUGUUCCCAUAGAAACAGGGAGGUCUUCAAAGGAAAUGUUCUACUUUGAGUGCUACUUAAUUUUUCCAUCGGAGAGAGGUUUUUUUCCAGGAGCAUAUAGCAGCCCCACUACUUCUUUAUGGUCUGCAAAUGUACAACUUAUUCCAUAUGUUGAAGAAGAUGGCUCCAAGCACGAUGAUCGUGGUGCUGCAAGUCAGCUUCGUUUUGCUAGUGAAGAGAGAAGGGAAAUCAUGGAAGUAAAUAAGAAACUGAAACAGAAGAAUCAGCAGCUGAAGCAGAUCAUGGAUCAGUUACGAAAUCUUAUUUGGGAUAUAAAUGCCAUGUUGGCAAUGAGGAACUGAACAAGGAAAAUCAAACUUUGUAACUGAAGAAGAUACAAAUCUGUUUGGAUAUACUUAACUUCCUUCUAAGAAGUAACAUGUUUUUCCACAAUGAUCUUGCAGUAAUGCUUGAAAAGUCUUCAAGAUUAAAAUGUUUGGUUGUUUUCUAAUAACUUAAA